AUGGGGUGUCUACAAUGGGUCCUCAGCAUAGAGAAACUGUUUGAGGUACUUCCUUGUCUAGAAACCCAGAAGGUGUUGUUAGCCACCUUUACUCUUGAAGAAGAGGCAAGAAGAUGGUGGAUGUUAAUGUGUGAAAGUAAUAAAAAUAUUGGUUGGGCACAAUUUUUGGAGAUUUUCUACGACAAAUACUUUCCACAAUGUGUCCAUGACAGGAAAGUGAAAGAGUUCAUGGGACUUAAGCAUGAUAGCAUGAUUGUAGCUGAGUAUGAGGCCAAGUUUACUGAAUUAGCUAGAUUUGCACCAUAUAUGGUCGAUACCAACUACAAUAAAGUGAGACAUUUUGAAGAAGGGCUUCGAGAUGAUAUCUUAGAGAAGGUGAAUGUACUCAAGCUGGAAACCUAUAUUGAAGUGUUAGACCGGGCCAUAAUAUCAAAAGCUAAUAUAGCCAGACAGGCCAAAUCAUCAACUAACUAG